UAAUCUUUGAUUAUAUUAAGAAGCUUUGAUUAUAUGCUAUAAAAUAUCAUUAAACGAAACAAUUCAAAGUGAAUGCACAUCUUGCGAUUUAAGAGAAUUGAACGAGGUUUUGUCAUUUCCGGAUUGUGUAGUGAAUAAAAAUUGGUUGACGAAAUGGAAAUUUGCAAUGAGAAGAGAUAUGCUGAUCUUGCAGAUGGUGAUGACCUCGUUAGCAAUUUUUAUAAGGGCUCAGUUGUACUCAUUACAGGAGGUACCGGUUUCAUUGGAAAAGUGCUCAUCGAGAAAUUGCUACGUGUUUUCUCCAUAAAACGCAUCUAUUUGCUGGUGCGUGUUAAAAAUAACAUGACAGUGGAUGAGCGUCUGGAGCAUUUCUUUCAAGAAUCGAUUUUUGAUAGAUUACGAAAUGAAUCGUCCGACGUGAUAAAGAAUGUGAAAGCAAUCGAAGCGAAUUUUGAAGCUCACGAUUUGAACAUUUCUCAGGAAAAUAAGGAUAUCAUCUGGGAUGAAGUUGAUAUUGUUUUCAAUGUGGUUGCAUCGGUAAAAUUCAAUGAAAAGCUCCGUGAUGCGGUCGAAAUCAAUGUACUUGGCACAAAAAAAAUUUUGGAUUUAGUUAUGGGAAUAAAGAAUUUAAAAGCAUUUCUCCAUAUAUCGACGUUAUACUCCAAUUGUGACCGCAAAUUGAUUGAAGAGAAGGUUUACGAAUCGGAUAUUGCAUAUGAAAAAAUUAUUCAAAUCACUAGAAUUUUAGAUGAUUCACAUUUGGAAAAAAUUCAUCAUUGCCUUAUUGGGCGUAUGCCAAAUACAUAUACAAUGACAAAACAAUGUUCGGAAAAUUUAGUUAAUCAUAAAGCGCAUGGUUUACCAGCUGGCAUAUUCAGGCCCCCAAUUGUUCUUUCAACAUACAAAGAACCAGUGGCCGGUUGGACUGACAAUUUAUAUGGACCUAGCGGCAUCUGUGCUGGCACCGUUCGUGGCAUGGUACACGUUAUUUUUGGUAAUGGAAACAAAAAAGCCAAUCUUGUUCCAGCUGAUUAUUGUGUAAAUGCUAUGAUAUCAUCUGCAUGGGACACCAAUCGACGUUUCAAAUUACGAAUGGAAAAUCACACUGAAAUACCUGUUUACAACUAUAUUUAUGAUAAAAAUAAUUUAACUUGGGGCAAAUAUAUGAAUUCGGUGCGGAAAGGACUGCAUGAGCCAUUGAAUAAAGCUGUCUGGUACUAUUCGUACAUAAUUAUAUGGUGGAAGCCGCUUUUCAAUGUAUGCGAUAUAAUUUUUCAUGCUGUGCCAGCCUAUAUAAUGGACCUGAUAGCUGCUGUCACUGGAAAGAAACGAAAGUAUGCCAAGAAUUAUCAAAAGCUAUAUCGUGUUUUAUCUAUGAUGUCGUUCUUUGGAUUACGUGAGUGGAAAUUUUGUAAUAAAAAUAUCGAUCAAUUGUCUACGCUGUUGAAGUCACAGGAAACGCUUCAAUCACAAAAACAUAAUGAUGCAACUGAAUUGAUUCGAUGGCAAAAUGGCAUGAACUCAAUGACAACGACGACUACAUACAAAAAUGGCAUUAUCAACGGAAUUUGUACAACUGACAAACAAUUCAAUUGCAGAACACAAAAUUUUCUUGAAUUCGAUAUGCAAACCAUCAAUUGGGAUGAAUAUUUUUUUCAUUAUUUGCCCGGCAUUAAAAAGUAUUUCUUUAAAGAGCCCGUACCGGCCAACAAAAAUUGUAUCAAACAUUAUGGCAGAUUAAAAAUCAUGCAUAUUUUAUUAAAGUCAACCGCAUAUAUGCUUUUUUUGUUCUUGAGCAGUUCGGCAGCUUUUAAAUACUUACUUUCUCAUCUAUACUCGAUGUAA